AUGAUCUUUUCAGAGAAGAACAUGAGAGGACGCAGCGACGUCAUGGUCGUCUCAUCAGGGUCGGGCCCGCCACGGCUCGACCUGACACUCACACAGGGUCGUCGAGGCACCUUUGACAGCCUCAACAGCGACUUUGAACGGAGUUUCUACCCUCGCACAACACAGUCGUCGAACGACCUCUUCACACAGGCUCUCGACAGCAUGGACAUGACCGACUGCGAGUCGGAAUGGGGUGCUGUCCGCGCGAGAGCCAGAGGGAACAGUGACAGAGCAGGUCUGGCGGACCUCAUUGACUUCCUCAGAACCACUUCGCCGCCGGCGGACUUCCCUUCACAAUCCGUCUUCGACGACGACACCACUGAACCACAGGAACAGCCCGAGAAAUGGGGGCUUUUCAAGAAGCUGCGCCGUCCGCGCACGCGGGCCAGAUCUGAGUCGCCGACCCGCCGGCCCCUGACCGCCGGCCUUCCCAACUCUGCCGUUGCGUCCAAGACGAGCAGCGGCAAGCCGCAUAUCGCAAUUUCCAUUCCGUUGGAGUAUUGCCACGUAGGACCGGAUUCUGAUUGGGCUCUCGCAAUCUUCAAUGCCACACCGCCGCUUCCACCAACUCCUCCAGUGCGGAUGAGCGACGAAGAAAACAGGAAUGGCGUCGGCAGGCCUUAUACUAGUGAUCGUGCCGUCACUGUGCUCAAGACUGUCAGCGAGAAGGGGUCCAUUUCGACCCUCAACACCGUCAACACGAUGAGCACCAGGAGGGGAACCAAGGGCUCCGUGUCUAUCUGGCCCAAGAUCAACCCACAUCCCAUGAGCCCGCCGAUGACACCAUACACUACGCCGCCCGGAAGUUUACGUGAGACUUCUUCGACCAAGAAGAAACAAAACCGGAUGCCUCCGCAGCCGCAACAGUACGCCGAACUUGCAGCAGACCCGGUUCCAGCAGGCAGAAGACCGAGCGGUAGUCUCGACAAGGGCUACUACUUCGGUAGGAAUGAAGGCUCUCUCGUCCAGACGACAGACGCAAGCUUGCGGAAGCCCAAAGCCAAACCAGCUCCUAAACGUCCCGAUAACAUCACUCUGCCACCGCGCAGGUCGAGUAUCAAGAUAGUGAAGCCCCAAGCAGGCCACGUCCCAGACAGCCAACAGUCGAUUGAUGGCAUGAUUGAUAGCGACCUUCGGCGCCAGAACGUGGCAUCGGAUGCUCCUCAGCUGAGUCCGGCGGCUUACUCAGAGUCGCACUCCAUUAGUCCGAGUAUUACAACGGACCUAUCUGAACCAGUGGUCUCGAGUGCGCGGUCCGCGAAGACUUACUCGAUGGCGUCGAUAACGCGCCCAGAGAUGCCGUCCAUGACACCCAGACAAUCAUACAUUGCCCGGCCAGGAAGCGGCGACACGAUGCAGACCACCUUGGUCGGCGAGUCCUUGGCGUCUCGAAAUGCCUCAACAAGGACAGCCACCUCAAUGCAAAGUCGCAAGGAGCGCGUCAAAUCUCUCAAGCAGCGGGACAUGGAGGCCCUCAAAGCUAAAAAGAAGCAGCAGGCGGAACAAGACGAGGACGGCGAAGUGACUCCGAGGCCGAGGACCUGCGGCACUGCUAUUAGUUCUCUGCGACUGCCUUCUCGUGACGGAACCUUUGGCUCCAAUGAUGAUUUCCCGAUGCACGGCGUCGAGACGAAGCUGUCCGCCACGAACCUGGCCAACAUGGCCAAGUCCCAUCAAAGGUCGUCAGAUCAUGUUUCUCAUGGCACUGCAAUCAAAAUAUCGCACUGGCAGGCCACGCAAGAAACCGAGACGCCGGGAUGGGAGACGGCGCGAGAAGAGUUGACGCCUGGCUGGGAGACUGCCCAGGAGACACCGACGAUAGACUGGGAAAAGACGCCACUCCUGCUCGAGACGACGGAGGACCAAAGGGACUCGGCCACCAUCGGCACUGAAACCUUCGGCAACGGUGACAUCAGGGACAGUACGCUGAGCUCCGAACCUCCCCGUCGGUGGGGUAGUCUUCACCGCGCCAGCUGGGCGAGCUCGGUACCACUCUUGGAUCGCAUAGGCAGCUUUGCACCGUCUGACGCAAGCGCCACACAAGUCGCGGACACGGGCAGCAGCCCCUUGCCCCUAUGCCGGGCUCAGAUGUCUCGUGCUGACUCUGCCACGCUCUCGCAGGCAGAUGUGGACCGGCUCUACUUGAACCGCUUCAGUUUCUACGAUUUUGACAACCAGGUCCGUAUGGACCCUACCGAAGACGACCAGUCUAUUGCGGGCAGCAUCGCGGCGUUUCCCAAGCCUGGCUCCGGCGCUGGCCCUCGCUUGAGCGCCAUCAUGCCCGUUGCCGAAGUAGUUCCUUCGGCUCCCAUCGACGAGAGGUGGUCGGCUUCCACUCUUAACUCGCCUAUGACCGUGAUUGAGGUUCCCCAUCAGUCUUUCGCCGAUGGGCAGACAUCGCGGCAAAGCUCGCCGCAGGUGACUCGCCUUCACACUGCAAGCAACACGAGCCCGGCUCGUCUCAACGCUUCCAGGGACCACAGACAAACGAACGGGAAAACCAAACUCGGGCCUGUCCGCGUCGCCGUCGACGCAGACGAGGCAGCGACCUUGCGUGCCAAUAGCCGUCUGAGGGAGGAAGACUCCAUCGGCUUCCCAAACAUGGCGGCCCGCGAGCUCCGCAACCACUACGCCAGCCUCCGCAGCGCGCGCGUGAACGAUCUCGCGCACGAGAUGCUCCUGAACCAAGAGCGUCUUGAAAUCCGCAUGCACCAGCAGGAGCGCAACCAGAUGCUUUUUAUUGAACGCCUCGAAAAGUGCAUGACGCAUCAGACGGGACCCGAGGCAUGA